AUGUCCAAAAGAUCGCGCUCGGAUUCCGAGUCGAGCUCCUCGUCGUCUAGCUCGGGCGGCUCUGUAGUCGAAGCCCAGACAGCUUCAGUAUCCACAGCAAAGCUACCUCCAUCUCGCAACCUGUCGAGCAUUGGCUACAAACCACCGAGAGGCUUCGAUCCGGUUUCAUUCUCGUCGUCCUCACCUUUCCUCCAGAAGAAGCUGUCCGCAUCGAAUGCGCAACAGCUCUGGGCAGUCCGCAUCCCAGCGGGCCUGUCACCAUCGCAACUCGACGGUGUGGUCAUCGAUCUGCCUCGCGACACGUCCGAUGUGAAAUCUGCAUCCAAGCCAUUGGGGACAAUCGAGGUGGCCACUGCCUCUUCGAGUCAUGCCGCCACGUACAACUUCUACGCAUCUGUACCGUCUGCACUCAAGGGCAAGGCGAAAAAGGCACAAUCGAGCGCCGACUCGCAGCUGAUUGCCAUGGCUUCUGAUGCUGUCGCUUCGGAUGAGCAAUCCGUCGCAUCAGGUCAGGGAGCUGCGUCGGAGCUGGAGAGCCUCAAGCUGCUCGUGCCUGCGGGCAACGGCGAUGAAGACGGAAAGCUGGUGCUGGCACCGGUCAAAGUGUCGAGGUGCCUCCAUCUCUCGAUUGCCUCGCCCGCCGAGACGAGCAAAGCGGAGAAGGUCAAGGAGACUAGCAAUCGGUUCGAGGAGAAGAAGCUGCCACAACAGCCGUGGCAUCUGUUGAAAGGGAACUUUAAGCCAGCAGGAACUCGUCUUACAACAGAGUCUACAGGAACGGAGCCAGCGAGCCAGGUUACGGAAGAACUCAAGGACAAGAAGGAGAAGAAGCGCAAGGUCAAGACGGAGGACGACAAGAAGUCUAAGAAGUCAAAGAAGGAGUGA